GAUAAGAGGCGGCGACUGCCACCCCAUUCUCGAGCUGGGCUGGUCGGCGCGGCAAGGCGGAGGCGGGGUGGCCCGGUCUUUCUUCGCACUACUUGGGAAGGCCCGGUCCGCAGGGUGGCCGUACCCUCUGCCCCAGCCCCUGCAGAGGAGUCUCGCUCCGUGUCCCGACAUGGAGGGCGGGCGCCGCGGCCCGCUGCUCAUGGCGCUCCUGGUCGUCUGGGUCGCGGCGGCGGCAGCUGCGGAGGCGGAGGCCGGCCCGGAGCAGGCCGCGCUGCCGCAGGAGCGGAGCCUGGUGCGGCCCAUGACCGCCUCCAACUGGACGCUGGUGUUGGAGGGAGAGUGGAUGCUGAAAUUUUAUGCCCCUUGGUGUCCAUCCUGUCAGCAGACUGAUUCAGAAUGGGAGACUUUUGCAAAGAAUGGUGAAAUACUUCAAAUCAGUGUGGGGAAGGUUGAUGUCAUUCAAGAACCAGGUUUGAGCGGCCGCUUCUUUGUCACUACCCUCCCAGCAUUUUUUCAUGCAAAAGAUGGGAUAUUCCGCCGUUACCGUGGCCCAGGAAUCUACGAAGACCUGCAGAACUAUAUCUUAGAGAAGAAGUGGCAAUCAGUUGAGCCUCUGACUGGCUGGAAAUCCCCGGCUUCUCUAACGAUGUCUGGAAUGGCUGGUCUUUUUAGCAUCUCUGGCAAGAUAUGGCAUCUUCACAACUAUUUCACAGUGACCCUUGGAGUUCCUGCUUGGUGUUCUUAUGUCUUUUUCAUCAUAGCCACCUUGAUUUUUGGCCUUUUCAUGGGUCUGGUCUUGGUGGUCAUAUCAGAAUGUUUCUAUCUGCCACUUCCAAGGCAUUUAUCUGAAGGUUCUGAGCAGAAUCUUAGGUCAGAGGAGGCUCAUACAACUGAACAGUUGCAGGAUGCAGAGGAAGAAAAGGAUGAUUCAAAUGAAGAAGAAAACAAGGACAGCCUUGUAGAUGACGAAGAAGAGAAAGAAGACCUUGGUUAUGAGGAAGAAGCAGAGGAGGACGAGGAGGACAGCCCGUCUGCUGGCAUGGACGAGAAGAGGAGUGAUGCCCGGGACCCGGGGCCCCUGAGGGAGGUCCAGGAGGAUGAAGGACCUGGUGGGACUGAAGACAAUGCCCUAGAGCAGCCCUGUCCAGCUGGCGCAGAGGCAGCAGAAGAUACAGUGAGACAGCGCAGAAGUCAGCAUGCCGACAAGGGACCGUCAGCCUGAUGACAGUGUUUCCAAGGAUACAGACCAAAAUAAUAUGUCAGCUUCCUUCUGGUCUGCAGUUUAAACCAACUCCUUAUUGUUUCUUGAAUGAGCAAGCUUCUAUUAAAAAAUGAUCUCUAGCCAUGUAGUCUCAUGGCAUUAAGUAUCAUAUAUGUUAAGGAGAAUCUUUCAGGCAUGACAGGCAGGAUACAGAAAAACAAACAUGCUGUUAGGGUCUGUUUGGGACCUGUGAUGAGAACAAAUUCAUUUCCUUGGGGCUCCAGAGUUUUGACCAGAGGAAGCAAUCCCCAGCCAUCAUGAGCACUGUUCAUGGGCAGUAGACAGGGCUGCAGGCCCCUAACAUGAAAGCAGAGCGAAUGAACGUCCUCAGGGUGUAGCUGAUCUUGCUUCCUCUUCUUGUAUUGAAUAUUUAUUUUUGUCAAACUGUAAGAAACAUCAGGUACCAUAGUACAAGGGUACUUUUUAGAGAUAGAAAUUGAGAGGGCCUUGGAUAUUAUUGUAGAAAAGAGCUUGGAAAUCUUCCUAACUCUCUAAAUCUCCCUUCUUAUGUUUUAUUUCUUACCUUUAGCAUUUCCAACUUU